AUGGCACAGGUUUCAAGAAUUGUCGGUGUCACCUCCGCGCGGUUCUUCGUCUCUGUCUUGCCAACUUCCGCCGCGGUCUUUAAUAGGCUCCAUAGUAGCAUCAAGUUGCUGCACGUAAUACCUACUUUCCAGGCGCUAUUGACAGCUCCUCCCCGCCUGUAUUAUCCGAAGAAGCGUCAGUUCCGCUCCACGGGGGCGAAGGGGUUCCGUGCGGUGGUGAGCUUUGCUGUUCGGAAGCUGAGGGGUGGUGGUGGUGUGUGGGAAGAGCAGCAUGAAGCAGAAGGGCGUGUUUGUGGGGCUGAAGCGCGGGAUGGUUAUCGUGCGGUGAAGGUGGGUGAAGUGGCAGAGGGUGCGGUGGAGAGUGGCGCUGAGCGGCCUAAUCUGGCGGGUGUGGAUGCAGCAGAUAGCAAUGGAGUGCACAGUAAGGGUAGUUUAGGCGCGUGGGUUACGCAAGGAGAAGAACCAAUCAGACUGAGAAAAGAGGGAAGAAAAUAUCUAGACGCGUAUGUGUCACCUGACGUCACAAAUGGAGCAGUCAGGGCGAUCAGGGAGGGCAACGGGAGCGUCAGAGGGGCAAGCGAGGGCAAGGCAAUCAGCAGAGGGGCAAGUGAGGGCAACAGGAGCGUCAGAGGGUCAAGGGAGGGCAAGGGAAGCAGCAGUGGGGCAGAGGCUGGGAUGAGUGAAGGGGCGCUGGAAUGGCAGCAUGAGUUUGGGCAGGAGCGGUUGAGUCAGGUGCUGGGCGCAGUAACAACGGUGAAGGAGGAAGAAGGGGCGGAGGAGAGAGAAGGGCUGGAGAAGAAAGAACGGAUGGAAAAGAGAGAAGCUGAGGAUAUGGCGUUUUCCCUUAGCACCUCAGAUGGGCUGGCUGUCUCCUCCCGCACUCUCUCCUGGAUCUCUGACGUUGUUGUCUCGCCCGCGCUCAGCUUCACAGGCCCACCGGUUGCCCGAGCCUUCAACUCCCUGCCUCGCAUCCGCAUGGGAGUGCUGCUGGACGUGGCAAGGAGUGUGCGCGCCAGUGCAGGCGGCAUGGGCGCAUGGUCAAUGCGCGACCUCACCCACGGGCUGUACCUGCUGUCACUGCAGCAUGCUGAGGAGAGGGCGGUUGAUUCAGUAGCAUCUACGCCAGUCACAGACGAGCAGACUGUGCAUGACCUCAUCUACCACUGCGAGUUCGCGCGGGCGUCCAUUGCCACGACGCACAGAGCCAUAGCGCAGGCAUGCAUGGUUCGCCCCAACCGCAUUGUCAAGAUCGUACCAAAGGCUCGCUACAGCAGGCCGGCCUACUUCAUAGCUCUGGACGACAAGCGUCGUCUCGUAGUGGUGUCGUUCCGCGGGACGCGGUCAGCGCACGACAUGCUGACAAACCUCGCUGCCCACUCGGUCCACGUGUCUACUGUUCAGCAGCAGAGUCACCCAAAGCAGCCUCCAAAGGAGGAGACGAUGGAAGAUGUGGUGGGAGAAGAGGAGCGGUGGGACAUGGACGAGGUGAUAGCCUUCGGGCACUACGGCAUGGUGCAGGCAGCUGAGACCUUCGUGCACGAGGAGUCCCCCCUGCUCCGCCACCUGCUCGCCCACCACCCGGGCUACGACCUGCGGCUCAUCGGGCACUCCCUGGGGGCGGCGGUGGCGGCGCUGGUGACCAUUCUGCUCAGGCCACAAGCGGAGGGGCUGCUGGGGAUUGGAAGCGAGCGCGUGCGCUGCGUGGGGUUCGCCACACCACCUUGUGUAUCGAGACAUCUGGCGCUGUCCUGUCGCUCCUUCAUCACCACUGUGGUGCUGCAGGUGAGCCACGUAGAGGAAUUCUCUCCCUUUUCUCUCUCUCCCCCCUGCUGCGCCACCUGCUGGCCCACCACCCGGGGUACGACCUGCGCCUCAUCGGGCACUCCCUGGGGGCAGCGGGUUCGCCACUCCGCCCUGUGUGUCGCGGCAUCUGGCGCUGUCUUGUCGGUCUUUCAUCACCACUGUUGUGCUGCAGGUGAGCUCCCUUUUGCCUUCCACCUCCCCUCGUCUGGUAGCUUCCUCCUGACACUGGGGGCGGCGGUGGCGGCGCUGGUGACCAUUCUGCUCAGGCCACAGGCGGAGAGCUUGCUGGGGAUUGAGAGUGAGCGCGUGCGCUGCGUGGGGUUCGCUACGCCGCCGUGUGUGUCCCGGCACCUGGCGCUCUUCUGUCGCUCCUUCAUCACCACUGUGGUGCUGCAGGCAUCUGGCGCUCUUCUGUCGCUCCUUCAUCACCACUGUGGUGCUGCAGGUGAGCUCCGCGGUGCUUUGAUAGGGACAGCCUUGUAUGCACCACUAUGUGUGGGGUUUGCUACCCCGCUGUGUGUUUCCAGGCAUCUGGCGCUCUUCUGUCGCUCCUUCAUCACCACUGUGGUCCUGCAGGAUGACAUAGUGCCGCGCCUCAGUCUGCACGCCUUGGAGUCGCUCCGCAACGAAGUCGUGGCGGAGGGCGAGCUGACAGGUGCUACUAUACUCCGCGACUCCUCUGCAGAAGAUGCCUCCUUUCUCUCCCCUCCUCACUCUCCCUUCGAUUCUUCCUCGUCCUCCUCAUCCCCCUCAUCUCAAUUGCCUCUCUUUGCCACCACCACUGCCACUCCCCCUCACGAGCUCGGUCUUUCGACCUCUUGUUCAUCUGCCCUUGAUGCUCUCUACACCUUCUCCUCCUCCUCUCGCCCUCCAGCCUCCCUCGCCGCCUCCUCUUCUCGCUCCCCUCUCUCCUCACGCUCCUCUCCCUCUGUGAAUUCCCGCUCGGCCCUUCGAUCCUCUCCCCCUCGUCCUGCUCCUACUUUAUCACCUGCUGAUUCGCCUUCGCUUCUGACCAAGCUCAAGUCGAAGAAGUGGAAGAAAAAGAAGGAGAGGGAGUUGAGUCGACAUGAGCUGAUGCUGCUGCAACAGGUGCAGAUGGAGUGCUGUAUUCCGGACGAGCACUACUCCAAUGCUGCAGCAGCUACUAAAGGGGAUGACCAUGAGUUACUGCCACAGCAUUCUCAGCAUCUCCAGCAACAGCGGGAAAAUGGGGAGGAUGGGUGGGGAGCUGGAUCAAUUCUGCUUGGCAUGGAAGAGUCAGCUGGCAAUAGCCAUGGUAGCAGCCAUGGUAGCAGCCAUGGUAGCAGCCAUGGUAGCAGCCAUGGUAGCAGCCAUGGGACAGAUAAUACCAAGUCCGGAAUGUCUAAGAUUCUUACCGAGGACGUGACUGCUACAGCUGCGAAUGGAGAAGCAGUCUCGGCGAAUGUGGUUACCAUGGAUACGCACAGGCGUUACGCUCCGGGGAAACUGUACCAUAUAGUGAGGGAUAAGAAGGAUGGGGAGCAUGUGUUGUUGGAGGCGCAGGGGAGCGCGCGGUUUGAGCGGAUUGUUUUGUCAUCCUCGUUAUUGUCGGAUCACCUUGUGAACUCGUACAUGUAUGCAUUGCGAGAUGUGCUGAAAGGCAUGUAG